AUGGCUAGUCGGAGCAGCAGCAGAGGAGCUGAGGAUGUCUUUAGCGAAUUUUUCGGGUUUAAUGGCUCAAAUCAAGACAGGAGAGGAACAGUGUUCUCCAGUAACAUACAUGGUGAUGAUAUCUUUAGUUCUUAUGGGGAAGAAAAAGAUCCUCCAAUUAAGAACACCCUGCCUUGUAGUCUUGAAGAGCUUUAUCAAGGGGCUACCAAGAGGGUGAAAAUAACUAGAGAAGUGGUUGAUCUAAGAGGCUUGACCAAGAAAAUAGAGGAGAUUCUAACCAUUGACACAAAGCCUGGUUGGAAAAAAGGCACGAAGAUCACUUUCUCAGAGAAAGGGAACAAGCGACCGAAUGUAAUUCCUGCUGAUAUUGUCUUCACUGUUGAUGAAAAACCUCACUCUGAGUUCACUCGUGAUGGCAAUGACUUGAUCAUCACGCGAAGGAUCUCUGUAACUGAAGCCUUUACAGGUUACACUGUCCAUCUUACAACCUUAGAUGGAAGGAAGUUAACCAUUCUGAUUGACGAUGUCAUCCAUCCGAACUAUCAGAAGGUUGUCGUAAACGAAGGGAUGCCGAUCCUAGGCGAUCCAUUAAAGAGAGGAAUUUUGAAAAUCAAGUUCGACAUCAGGUUCCCAACAAGGGUAACUGCAGAGCAGAAGGCAGGAAUCAGGAGAAUCUUUGGUCCUUGA